UGCUUUCUUACUUCCACCAUCCUUCUUUGCACCUUCAUUGUGCAUCGUCUGGCGACAUCAAGGACGACAUUGAUGCUGUAGAGGGCCUCAAGAUAUCCCUUUAGAAUUCGCGACCAAUUCUAGGCCCCUUCAACUCCUGAAAAUGUCUUCGGUGACCAGAGACCUCGAGGACUUGAACCUCUCCCACUCAUCGACAUUGCCAGCAGCAGUGGCACGAACAUGGUCCGCUUCUGCUGCUCUCAGUGGAAUCCAGCGGCAAUUCGUGGGCUCACCGGACCAGAUGGACCAGAGCAAUGCGCAACCUUCAUCUAGCACGGCUGCACGCCCAAUUCCUAUCAUGCCGCCCUCAACGGCGCGACCCGCCAUGAGUCGAAGUAUUUCGUCAUCGCACACCGCCCGCCCUCGAGCUAGUACUGCGUCCCGUGCCGCGUCUGGCUUUCUGUUCCCCGCACCACGAGAGCACCAGUGGUCUGUCUUCGGACAACUGAUGGAGAAUGAAGGCCAGCUAGGAAGUCCAAGCAGUAGCAGUCAAUUCCAUCGUCGGAUAGGUAGGAGGAGCAAUACUCCUCGGUCAAGCAACACUCCUCGAUCCUACACUAGUCGAGACUCCAGUCUUUCAUCGCGGCGGAGUUUCAUAGAUCCCAACAACCCAGCCCAAGUUCAGUCUCCUGUUGCGGAAGAGGAUUCUUACCGCACUUUCUCAGUUGCCUCUGAUCAUCACGACGACAGUGACUCAGACUCGGACUCGCAUUCAGACGAGUACGACUCUGAUUCUGAGAGUUCCACGUCAACGGUCACCAAGAACCAUCUUGCCUCAUCUGAUACACCCAUAUCAACGAGAAAAUGGUACACGAUACCCACCAUACCACUAGUAUACCGUAAUAUCUUUAAAUGUGCAUUGGCAUAUGUCCUUGCCUCUCUUUUCACCUAUUCCCCUCAUCUCUCUGGCUUGAUAAGUGAUCUCGUUACGUACGGUUCGAAUGACCGCAUACCUCUUCCCAGUGGACAUAUGGUUGCGACAGUCGCCGUCUAUUAUAACCCCGCAAAGACAAUGGGCGGUAUGAUCGAAGCGGAUACGUUCUGUAUUUUUGGCUUGUUCUAUGCGGCAUUCGUGUCCUUGGCUAGCAUGUCCCUGUUCUGGUGGCUCGAGCUCAAACCUGGCUGGGAGUGGCUCGCUGACACAUUCGUCAUCCUUUGGGUCGGUGUCAGCAUGAGUAUUUUGGCUUGGCUGAAGGUCUGGAUGGCUAAUCCACAAUUCAACACAGCCUGUAGCAUGAUUGCCAUCAUCCUUUUCGUAGUGCUCGUCAAAGAAGGAGGCUGGCAGACACUCCUUCAAGUCUCUUUUAUCGUCUUCUGUGGCACCACAAUCUCUAAUCUUGUUUGCUUCUUCAUCUGGCCUCAAUCUGCUACAACUAAUCUCCAAACGAACAUGACGAAAACGCUUGACUCUUUCUCCACUCUUCUGGAUAUGCUAACAAACACGUUCUUACUAGAAGAAUCCCCUCACCAUCCCAGUCAAGAGAAAAUCCAGCGCGCUGUCGAAAAUCACCAGAAUAGCUUUACGAGCCUGAAGAAGAAUCUAAAGGAGGCAAAAAGUGAAUGGCAGUUUUCGGGGCAAGUCAAGUUUCCCGCUCCUGGAACAGGAAAUGGCCACGCACUUCCGACAUUAAAGAAGGGUGAUCAAAGGAGAAAAGCAUAUGAAGAUACUGUGGAUUGCCUCAAUCGUCUCGCCCAGCACCUCAACGGUUUGAGGAGUGGCACACGGCUGCAAUACGAUCUAAUCAAAGCUGGAGUCGUCCAGCGGAGAAGACAUGGUAAACGAAGCGGAAAUAGCAAGAGCAGAAUGAUGGAUUAUGGUGGUGCUGAAGAUGACGAGGAGACUGCAAUGCUGAAAGCGGCGGCCGUGAUGUUUGGCGAUCUUGUGCAGGAAUUGGGACCGCCACUAAAAGCCCUUUCGUCGGCGUGUACAUCGUCGUUGAAGCGUUUGCGGGAGUCGGUCGUCAAGUCCCGUGUACGUGAAAGUGCGACAAUGGAAGCGAUUCAGCCUCAUGAAUUCUUGGAGUUGAUUGACGGGAUCGAAAGGGCCCUGAUGCGCUUCGAGAGCACGUCGAACCAUGCCGUCAUGCGGAUAUACAGGAAGAACGAUCCGUCUUAUGAUGGAGUCGACACUGACACUGGAGGUUUGAGUGCGAGUCGAGCCAGCAUCAUAUCCGGGCUUGGGGAUAAGGAGAACGUCAUGCUCACCUCGUCAGAUAACGAACACAUCUUUUUGGUGUAUUUCUUUAUCUUUACCCUGCAAGAGUUUUCCACAGAGUUGAUCUCUCUCGUUGAUGCUGUGGAGCGGAUUUAUACCUUGGAGCAGCAGCAUGUGAACUGGAAAGGGUACUGGCACUUGGCAUAUACCUCAAUCGCGACGCGAUUGGCAAGCUUGUUUACGCGGUCUAAAUCAGAUCACACCUCAGACCGAAGGAAGAGGAGCUCUACCUUGAAACGGAGGAUAUCUUCAUACAUCACUGGUGCCGCUGAGAGCCGUAGACGACCCUCGUUCCCCAAAGUACAACCUCACGCUCCCAACACGGUUCUUACACCCGCUCGGAGUAACUUGAAUUUCAUAGGCCGGGUGAAGCAGGGAUUGUGGGCUAUCGGGACGCGAAUGACAGAAAGAGACGCCAAGUUUGCUGUUAAGACGGGUAUGGCAACCGCUUUGCUCUCUGCACCUGCCUUUUUCGACACAACCCGGCCUAUCUUUUUGGAGUAUUAUGGCGAUUGGGCGCUCAUCUCGUUCUUUGUUGUCAUAUCGCCUACCAUCGGUGCGACCAAUCUCAUCAGUUUUAAUCGUGUGCUGUGGACUUUAGUUGGAGCGGCCGUCGCGGCCGCCACGUACUCGUUAUUCCCAGAAAAUGCAAUUGCCCUUACGAUAUUCGGAGGGCUCUACUCACUCCCGUGCUUCUAUGUUAUCCUUGUGAAGCCCGCACACCUCUCUGCAGCUCGUUUUGCGCUCCUCACGUAUAACUUGACUUGCUUGUAUUGCUUCAAUAUACGGCAAAGAGAUGUGUCGGUAGUCUCCGUCGCGUGGCAUCGUGCUUUGGCUGUCACUGCAGGUGUACUCUAUGCGGCCCUCAUUGCGCGAUUCUGGUGGCCGUCUGAGGCCAGGCGGGAGCUUAGCAAGGCAUUGGGAGAAUUCUGUUUAAAUAUCGGAUGGCUCUAUACCAGGCUCGUAGCGGCGAAUUCUUUUGCUCCCGAAUAUCGCGAAGAGUCUGAUGAUGAUGACUCGCACGCAGCCUCAACUGAGGACGUUGCGCUGCUUGCGUCUGGUCAUACAUCUGGUCGUACGACGUUGAACAAUUCUAUCCAAGAGUUCAUGGCUAUGGAACUUCAUUUGCAGAUCAAGCUGAUAGAGCUGCAAGGGCUGUUGGCUCAGACGCAGCAUGAACCUCGGUUGAAGGGACCUUUUCCUGUAACGCUAUAUCGUGGGGUAUUGACCAGCCUGCAAACGAUCAUGGACCGAUUGCACAGCAUGCGAUGUGUUACGACACGCGAAGAAUGGUACACGAGUGUCCGUCAAGACUUCAUCGUUCCAGUCAACAAGGAACGACACGAGAUGGUCGGAAACAUCAUCUUGUACCUUUCAACAUUAGCUUCGGCGUUUCGACUAAAAGCCCCGAUGCCUCCAUAUCUCCCGCCUGCAGAGAAGUCCCGAGAACGAUUGGUGGAUGCUAUCAGGAGGUUGGACGUUGUCCGAAAUCGCGAUAUCAAAGGAUCAAGGCAGCUGCUUUUCUUUGCGUAUGCUUUGACGAUGAAGGGCGUUACUCAGGAACUCGAGUCGUUGGGGCGUACCCUUCAGGAUGCGUUCGGAGUCAUAGGACAGACACCAGAGGAGUUUAAGGCUCUGUUCAUGGAUGAGGAGGAGAGUCGCAGAAUUAGCUACGCUGCCUAGGAUACUUAUUAAUGAUUAAUGGACACUGAUUUGAGUGUACUUGACCAAUUUCAUUUACAUUUUUCCUGAGCCC